AUGACUACGACAGGGAGCAUUGUCAAGCUGACCGGCCCGGAGAGCUGGAAGGAGUGGAACCUGCGCUUCAUCAACAUGGCGCAGGAUAACCAGCUCUGGGAGCUUAUCGACGCCGUAAGCGCUUCCAAAGGUGACUUCAUGGAGCGACCGAUUGAACCCAAAUUCGCGAACUACCCGAAGCUCCUGGAUUCGCCCGCUUCGAGCACGCGCACUGCAAGUGCCACGCUCGGCGGCACCCCAGAGCUCGUCGACACGGAAGGAACACCUCGCAACCUUUCAGAAAUGACAACGACUGGGAAGGAGCAAUACCGCCAAGAUGUCGCCAACUUCCAGUUCAACUGGCGGCGAUACGAGACCCAAGGCCAAAGAAUCCGCAACGUGAGCAACUGGGUCCAGAAAACGGUCGCUAGCCAUAUCUACAACGCAACCUGCAAACACGAUAGAAAGCUGCAUGAGUGGUAUGCUGCCCUCAAAGAGCGCGCGGGUACCGACACUCUCGCAGACCGCUCGUUCGUCACCUUCGCUGGACAUACCUCUGACGAGGAAGAGCACGAUUCGGAGCCCCCUCGCCGCUCGAAACAGCGCAGCCAAGCGCCUCUCAAGAAAAGGAACCGCAGCCCAGCUCCCACGACCGCCAGCAAGCGUCGCUACACUGAAGGAGCAACCCCAAGUUGCGAAGCCUGCGAUAGAAAGCACAGCCUCGAGGAAAGUUGGGCAGCUUGGCCAGAGAUCCGGCCGGAACACAUGUACCCGUCUGAGCGUGCUGAAGGCCGCGCUCAAGAGCGCAUCGAUCGUGAUCCCGAGCUCCGCAAGCGGGUCGAACAGCUCAGGAAGCGCGUCAAG